CACGGAAGUGCUGUGGAGUUCGCCCAAUUCCCCAGCCUGCUUUUCCUUCUCCCUCCCUCUCCCCACCCCUCACCUCCCCCGCCUCACCUCCCCCCACUCGGCUAUUCCCUCCUUCCUCGGGACGCCACCUCCUGGAAUCGCCUUUUUUGUUGUUGUUUUGGAGCUGGCUUCUCACUGGCGGCGCAGAGGGGCUGCGAACGCUGGAGAGGAAGGCGGGCUGGGGGCGCAGCCCGCCGCCCACCGGCGGGACCCGGCGGGGCAGAGCGGAGGACGGACAGUCGGCUGGGCGCGCCAUCUGCUCUCCAGAGCUCACUCUCCAAACUCCUGUUGAGUGUGUGCGUGCACGCGAAGGGUGGGGGUCCACGUCCCGCGUGCGGGGACUGGUUACCGCGGGGUUACCUUUGGCCGGGGGUCCUUGGACUCAGAUCUGGGUCAGCUUCAGGCUCAGAAACUACUGAGGAAUUAGGCAAACAAGAGGCCACUCAGCUAGUGGCCAGAAGUCGCCCGAGCGCCUCGUCGCGUCCCCUCCUUUCCCCGGGGCGGGGGCCGGUCACUUGGGGGCGGGGAGAGGGCGCCCCAGCCGGCUGGGGGCUGGGAGCCGGGCCGGGCCGCCGGGGUCGAAGCGUUGGCGGCCUGUUGUGUAAGCCUCAGUCCUUGUUUUCCCGGCCUGGCUCGUUGUGAAGCCGGACACAUCCACCCUUGGAUUCGAUUCAGGAGGCUGCUGCUUUUCUCCUUGCCCCUCUUGGAUUUUCUGGAUUUUUGAAAACCCAGUGGCCCAGGAAGAGGAGGAGGAAGGAGGAAGGAGCAGAUCUGCAGAGGAAUGUGAGAGCCUCCCAAGGCCUGUGGAGCCAGAAGGAGCUGGGAGCCAGAGCUGCCGGGGUUUCUGGGACGGUGGUUUCUGAGUGAUUCUCUUCUAUUUUAGAACAUUGUUCCAGUGGAGAGUGUCGAAUUCUUGCCCUCUCAGAGCUGACUUCUCCGAGUCACUUGACUUUGCUUCUGGGAGUGGGAGGAGGAGAGACUCUCCCUUUUAGGGGCUGAGGAAGGAAGGGAGGAAGACCAUGGACAUGAGCUCUCCCUGCCCACAGGCGUGUGCAGGGAGACCUGUUUCUGGGCCGUGGACAUUGCUUUGAAGAGAGGGAGGCUGGACACCAUCUGUGGGUGCUGAGACCCCGCCAUAGGGGCUGAGAGACUGAGGGCUGUGGCAGACCUUGAGUUGCUAGUGCAUUCCUGGACACCCUAGUAAGUAUCCCCAGUUCUGGGCAGGACUCUGUCCUCAUCUUUCUCUACCACUGGCCCAGACAUGGCACUAAAAGGCCGAGCCCUCUAUGACUUCCGCAGCGAGAACAAGGAGGAAAUCAGCAUCCAGCAGGAUGAGGACCUGCUCGUUUUCAGCGAGACCUCGCUGGAUGGAUGGCUGCAGGGCCAGAACAGCCGCGGUGAGACAGGGCUCUUCCCUGCCUCUUACGUGGAGAUCAUCCGUUCUGGCACCAGCUCCAACCAUGCUGACUACUCCAGCAGUCCUGCAGGCUCUCUGGGCACUCAGGUGAGCUUAUACGACAGCUCCAGCGUGGCAGACCCUUCCUGGAGUGGUGGGGGCAGUGGCUUCCUCUCAAACCAGGGUAGUUUCGAGGAGGACGAUGAUGAUGACUGGGAUGACUGGGAUGAUGGAUGCACAGUGGUGGAGGAGCCACGGGCUGGUGGGCUGGGCGCCAACGGGCACCCCCCACUCAACUUCUCCUACCCUGGUGCCUACCCCAGCCAACACAUGGCCUUCCGGCCCAAGCCACCCCUGGAGCGGCAGGACAGCCUGGCAUCUGCCAAGCGAGGCAGCGUGGUGGGGCGCAACCUCAACCGCUUCUCGUGCUUCGUGCGCUCUGGCGUGGAGGCCUUCAUCCUGGGUGAUGUGCCCAUGAUGGCCAAGAUUGCUGAGACAUACUCCAUUGAAAUGGGCCCUCGCGGCCCCCAGUGGAAAGCCAACCCCCACCCAUUUGCCUGCUCCGUGGAGGACCCCACCAAACAGACCAAAUUCAAGGGCAUCAAAAGCUACAUCUCCUACAAGCUCACACCCACACACGCUGGCUCACCUGUCUACAGGCGCUACAAACACUUCGACUGGCUCUACAACCGCCUGCUGCACAAGUUCACUGUCAUCUCGGUGCCCCACCUGCCAGAGAAGCAGGCCACAGGCCGCUUCGAGGAGGACUUCAUUGAGAAGCGGAAGCGGCGGCUCAUCCUCUGGAUGGACCACAUGACUAGCCACCCCGUGCUGUCCCAGUACGAGGGCUUCCAGCAUUUCCUUAGCUGCCUGGAUGACAAGCAGUGGAAGAUGGGAAAACGCCGGGCCGAGAAGGACGAGAUGGUGGGCGCCAGCUUCCUGCUCACCUUCCAGAUCCCCACGGAGCACCAGGACCUGCAGGAUGUGGAGGACCGUGUGGACACCUUCAAAGCCUUCAGCAAGAAGAUGGACGACAGCGUCCUGCAGCUCAGCACCGUAGCAUCGGAGCUGGUGCGCAAGCAUGUGGGGGGCUUCCGCAAGGAAUUCCAGAAGCUGGGCAAUGCCUUCCAGGCCAUCAGUCAUGCCUUCCAGAUGGACCCCCCCUUCAGCUCCGAAGCCCUCAACAGCGCCAUUUCUCACACGGGCCGUACCUAUGAAGCCGUGGGUGAGAUGUUCGCCGAGCAGCCCAAGAACGACCUCUUCCAGAUGCUCGACACGCUGUCUCUCUACCAGGGCCUGCUCUCCAACUUCCCCGACAUCAUCCACCUGCAGAAAGGUGCCUUUGCCAAGGUGAAGGAGAGCCAGCGCAUGAGUGACGAGGGCCGCAUGGCGCAGGACGAGGCAGAUGGCAUUCGCAGGCGCUGCCGCGUGGUGGGCUUCGCCCUGCAGGCUGAGAUGAACCACUUCCACCAGCGCCGCGAGCUCGACUUCAAGCACAUGAUGCAGAACUACCUGCGCCAGCAGAUCCUCUUCUACCAGCGGGUAGGCCAGCAGCUGGAGAAGACGCUGCACAUGUAUGACAGCCUCUGACCACGUGUCCCUGGUCCUCUCCCCGCCCCUGGGGCCUGGUGGCUGCGGUGCAUGCUGCCCUCCAGACCUUCCCACACCAGCAGUGCCUGGCUGGUCAGGGGUGGGCUUUGGAGGAGUCAUGGAUAUCCCUGGGGAAGUCCCCCACCCUUUAGAGAUAGAGGCACAGCAGGGGUGAGAAUGGGGCCAGGAGCCCUCCAGGCCAAGGCCUGGGCUGCUGGUCAGUCACUUGAGGUCAGGCCAGGGUCUUAGCCUCCCCUAGAGCCUAUAGCGCUCGCUCACCUGGCCACCAUCCCUUCGUUCAUUCAGCAGACGUGCAGGCCUGCUGCGGCCCCGGGUCAGACACUGGGCAUCCAGGACUGCGACACGCCUGCUCUUGGGGAGUCCCCAGUUGAGGUGAGGGUCAGACCCAGAAACAGGCAGGGAUGACUCCAUGGAGUAGGUGACAUUCAAGUAGUGUCUUGAAGAAUGACAAGGACCUACCAGACAGUAAGUGGGGACAGUAGAUGGGGAGGGCAUUCAGAGGAGAAGAACAGCAUGGGCAAGGCUGUGGAGGCAUGAAAAGAUCCCGUCUUCUCUCCUUUACCUUUCCCAAGCAAGUUUGGUGCCCCCCUCGGUGGUGUCCCCUUGUGUGACAGAGGGGAGGGAUCUGCCUUGCUCCCAUGCCCCUGUCCCCGCCCCAUCUCCGCCCCACCCCCUGCAGGAGGGGCUGCAGGCCAACUCCCUCCUGACUCCCCUUCACCAGCUGAGCCCCCUCACCCCUUGGCUAGGGGACCAUGCAGCAUCUUUGCCCUGGGCUCAAGGUGCUAAGACAAGCCUCGGAUCCCAGGACCCUGGUGGCACCUUCCUGGAGGGGACACCCAAAAGUUACUGGGUAUUUGAGUUCACCAGCAAUAGCUCCCACACUCCAAGUAGGCUUGGGCCUCAGGCUCCCAGGGGCCAGCUUACCCACCACCCCAGGGAUCCUGGGCCCACCUGCCCACAGCCAGCCUCACUGUGAUGCCAGCCCAGGUCCUGGUGGGAUUGUGCUGUCUCCCACCCAUGUUUACAUCCUUGAGGGGGCUCCCCCGACACCCCCAGGACAGGGCGCGGUCCAGCAGUGGGUUGGGAGAACUGACAGGUGCCACUGCUGGCCCCCCCAGGAGGUCGUGGCUGUUCCUGGCUGCUGCUGCUUCAAUCUUCUUUCUUUCUUGUUUUCUUGAUAAACCUUUUACAGUUAAGAUAACAAAAAUAUGACUCCUUAUUUGGAUCCCAGGGGGGAUGAGGGUGGGGGAAAGGAUACAGCCCUAAUUGUCCCUGGGAGCGAUUGGACCAGAUUCUGAGGUUGUGAUGGGCACAACAUUUACCCCAGAACGUCAGAAGUUGGGGGGAGGACGGUGCUGGAGGCAGGGGCUAGCUGGGGAUCUCUGGGUGACCCUGGACCCCAGCUGGAUGCAUACCCUUCCCAGACCUCACUCUCCUCAUCUCUCAAAUGGGUGGAGUCCUGCCAGGGGUUUGGCUUUGCUGCUCUGUGAUCUAGGACUGAAGGUCACGUGAGGAAGGGACAGUCUAAUCGAUAGGGGGUUCCUCUCCCCGGGACGGCAUAUCCCAGCCUUUCCCCCAGGAAAGCCCCAGUCCAGGGGAGGGGGGGUGUCUCAGAACCUGUGUCCUUCCCCAAGCUGUCCAGUCCAGGCUGCCCAGCCCUGCAGUGGCUGCCCAGUUGGAAACUGAGGUGGACCCCCCCAGCUAUGCCCUUGGGGGUGUCCCAGGCAGGAUGAACAGGAAUCUGU